GCAUGCUCAACAAGGUCCACUUUCAUGUCCUAUAUAGAACCUCACUUUCUUGGAAUACAUUCCCAGUUCCAUCUUCCUUCUCAAUUCUCAACCAUGAAUUGCAUCUUUUCUCUGCCAUGCAUGUUCUGUGAUGAUCCUUGCACCACCAAGAAUCUUCAUCCAAUCACCAUGUGACCUUCUUCUGCUAAGAAUAUGGCAGAGCUUUUAGAGUUCACCCAAACACUUCAACCAGCCAUGGUGUCCUCCACUACUGAACCUACACCAAUGGCUCAUGAGCUCGUUGCCGGAGAAACCGGCAUGCCGGACACCGUCUUUUCUGGUGCUUAACUCUCCUGAUCCUCCUGCACCAUGGCAUGAGCUCACUGGCUCAGUUAAACACUCACUCUUGUCUCAUGGAAAGAAGCUCGGAUCCUUCUCCAAAUGCAUCACCUUGGCUUCUUAUGCUUUGUUUCCAGUUCUUCAGUGGGGGAGGAACUAUGAUCUCAAGAUGUUUCGUAGUGAUUUGUUGGCUGGUUUAACUCUUGCUAGUCUUGGUAUUCCACAGAGCAUUGGAUAUGCUAAUCUAGCAAAACUUGAUCCUCAGUAUGGGCUUUAUACAAGUUUUGUGCCACCUCUAAUCUAUGCUGUCAUGGGAACUUCAAGAGAUAUUGCAAUUGGUCCAGUUGCAGUUGUUUCUCUGCUUAUUUCUUCAAUGAUUCAGAAAGUGGUGGAUCCAUCACUUGAUCCAAUCUCUUACAGAAAAAUGGUUUUUACUGCAACUUUCUUUGCAGGAAUCUUUCAAGCUUCAUUUGGAUUGUUCAGGUUGGGUUUUCUUGUGGACUUUCUUUCACAUGCUGCCAUUGUUGGAUUCAUGGCAGGAGCUGCCAUUGUUAUUGGUUUACAGCAACUGAAAGGUUUACUUGGGAUCAAUCACUUCACCAACAACACUGAUGUUGUUUCUGUCAUUAAAGCUGUCUGGAUUGCAGUUCAUCAACCUCUGCACCCUGGGAAUUUUCUAAUUGGUUGCUCUUUCCUCAUCUUCAUCCUGAUUACCAGAUUCCUUGGUAGACGAAACCGAAAAUAUUUCUGGUUGCCUGCAAUUGCUCCACUUCUCUCUGUCAUACUCUCAACUCUUCUUGUUUUUGUAACAAAAGGAGACAAACAUGGUAUCAAAACAAUAAAACAUGUUCAGAGAGGUCUGAAUCCAAGCUCAGCAAAACAAUUACAAUUAUCAGGCCCUCUCACUGGAGCUUCAGCCAAAAUUGGCCUCAUUUCUGCAGCAAUAGCACUGGCAGAAGCCUUAGCUGUUGGGAGAUCAUUUGCAACAAUUAAAGGCUACCAACUUGAUGGUAAUAAAGAAAUGAUAGCAAUGGGAUGCAUGAAUAUAGCUGGAUCUUUAUCCUCAUGCUAUGUUGCAACAGGCUCAUUCUCUCGAACAGCUGUUAACUUCAGCGCUGGAUGCAAAACAACAGUUUCGAACAUCGUCAUGGCAAUUACAGUGUUCAUAGCAUUACAACUACUCACAAAGCUCUUAUACUACACUCCUAUCACCAUUCUUGCUUCAAUUAUCCUCUCUGCUCUUCCAGGACUGAUUGAUCUCAGGGAAGCAUGUAAUAUAUGGGAAGUAGACAAGAUGGACUUUUUAGCAAGUGCGGGAGCAUUCUUCGGUGUUUUAUUCGGUUCGGUCGAAAUUGGUCUCUCUGUUGCCAUAAUUAUCUCCUUCACAAGGAUCAUACUGAACUUAAUCUGGCCACGCAUUGAAAUUCUUGGAAGAAUUCAAGGAACAGAUAUUUUCUGCAGCAUUAGACAGUAUUCAGUUGCUGUCAGAACACAAGGAUUACUGAUUACUCGAAUUAACUCAUGUUUUCUUUGUUUCAUGAAUGCAAACUACAUCAGAGAAAGGAUUUUGAGCUGGGUGAUUGAAGAGAAAGAUGCAAUGGAGAAUGCCAAAGAGAGAACAAGAUCAGUGAUCAUUGAUAUGACAAAUGUGAUGAACAUUGACACAACUGGGCUUGCUGCCAUUGAAGAUAUUCAUAAGAAAUUAGCCUCCCUUGAGAUACAGUUAGCCAUAGCAAAUCCAGGGUGGCAAGUGAUUCACAAGAUGAAGAAGGCCAAGCUUGUGGACAGGAUUGGAAGAUCAUGGAUAUUUCUAGCAGUGCCCCAAGCUGUAGAAGCAUGUCUUGCUCUCAAGAGGGAAAGUGGCCAUCUUUGCUAAAUCUUAUUAUUAUCAUUAUGUAUGAUUACUAUAAUUUAAUAAGAGAUCAGCAUGCAUGCUUGGAUCUUUGGCUUUUAAA